GAGGGGCAGAGACUCAAACUGCUGCAGGAAAUCUCCCCAUUGUGGGAGGGGCAGAGACUCAAACUACUGCAGGGAAAACCCCCAUUGUGGGAGGGGCAGAGACUCAAACUACUGCAGGGAAACCUCCCCAUUGUGGGAGGGGCAGAGACUCAAACUACUGCAGGAAACCUCGCCAUUGUGGGAGGGGCAGAGAGACAAACUACUCAGGGAAUCCCCCCAUUGUGGGCGGGGCAGAAACACAAACUACUCAGGGAAUCCCCCCAUUGUGGGAGGGGCAGAGACACAAACUACUCAGGGAAUCCCCCCAUUGUGGGAGGGGCAGAGACACAAACUACUCAGGAAACCUCCCCAUUGUGGGAGGGGCAAAGGCACAAACUACUGCAGGGGAAUCCCACCAUUGUGGGAGGGGCAGAGACACAAACUACUGCAGGGGAAUCCCACCAUUGUGGGAGGGACAAAGACACAAAAUACUGCAGAAAAACUCACCAUUGUGGGAGGGGCAGAGACACUAACUACUGCAGGGAAACUCAC